ACCGAUGACAUGGCAGCUUAUAUGGUUGCAGAUACAAUAGAUAGUACUUAUGGAGUAUGAUGCUUUUUUUGUGCAUGGAAAUUAAAUCUCAAAGAUGUGUAUAUUGUUGGGGACAUUUUUAACGAGUUCUGACUAUGUGUAAGCGUGUGCCUGUGUGUGUGUAUGAUGGGUGACAUAGGAUACUUGGUCUGCUUAUAUAUAUUGUGUGUUUAUCUCAAGUUCACUUUUUUUUGUCCACGCCUGCAACAAGCUAAGAAUAAAGUUGAUCACUUGAUCUCGACAAGAGUUUGUGAUACCUGGAAUGAAGUUACUUGCAUUGCUGUUAUAGUGACGAGCAAUGUCGAGCGGCAGCAAUACACAUUGGUGUUACCAGUGCCAACAAUCAUUUCGUCUUCGGGGUCGUAAUCCCGUAUGCCCAUAUUGUUCUGGAGGAUUUGUGCAAGAACUAAGUGAGUUGGUUGAGCCUGGACACCAAGAAACCGGGCGUAUUCAUGUACAUGAGCCUUCGGAUUUUGGGUAUAUGGAACCGUUCCCAGACCCAAGAAACAGAAUCAUGGAUGCUUUCGCUGAGUUAAUAAGACAAAGAAUGGCUGGAAGAAACCCAAAUUUUGACAUCAGAAGAAGAUCUGGACUCGUUCCUGAACAUGGUGUCGUUCCAUGGUUCAUAUUUGACGGUCAAGCCCCGGCUCGGAUGUCUGCCAACGAUAGGUUCGAGUUCUUCUUCAACGGUGCACCACCAGGUCCAAGACGGUCUAAUGUCAGUAACAUCUUUAUGGGUCCCGGGUUACAAGAAUUAAUCGAACAACUUACACUGAAUGAUACUAGGCAGGGGCCACCACCAGCAACCCGUUCAGCAAUUGAUUCUAUGCCCACUAUCAAGAUCACAAAUAGACACCUUAAUACUGAUUCUCACUGCCCAGUUUGUAAAGAUAGGUUUGAGUUGGGUUCUGAGGCUAGGCAAAUGCCUUGCAACCAUAUCUACCAUUCGGGUUGCAUUGAGCCUUGGUUAGUUCAGCAUAAUUCUUGCCCGGUGUGUCGCCUGGAGCUGCCAGCACAUGGUACAAGUAGGGGAAGCAGCAGUGGCGCAGCUGGUGCUGGUGAAGAAAGUGGUGGACACAGUCGGGGAAGGAGGAACGCAUUAUCAUUUUUAUGGCCUUUUCGCUCUUGAACCGGAAUUAGUAAGAAACAAGUAAAUUACUAAUGGGGAAUUAGUAAGAAACAUGUAGCCAACUAGCCGCUUUGCAUCUUGUACUUACUUUUCUUCAUAUUCGCAAAUUAAAGUCUUGAAAUUGGUUUGCGCUUGCACUUGGGUUUGGGUUUGGAUUUUGGUUUGGCUUUAGUUAUCUGAAUGUUUCAAUAUAUAAAAUGUUAAUCAUAUGUAAUCUAUGUAAAUGGUCAUAAACAUUUCCUUUUCUAGAGAUAUAGACCCUGAAAUCAAUCACUACAUAAUUAAAAGUUGCAUA